AUGGAUCAAUGGCAGCAACCCUACUCUGACUCCGCCGGGUCCUCUCGAAGAUACAGCGGCAAUCCCCCGCCAGGCCAGCCUCACGGCGCGCGAGAAUACAACGGCAAUACCCAAGCACAGCCUCCAGCGGGCUUUACCUACGAGCAAUAUCAAGGUGGAAUCGGACCCCAUUCACACUCACUCGCAGCUUCUCCGACCGCAACACCACACGCGAGAGAUGGGAAUGGGGAUGUAGCUAUGCAAGACGCUGGAGAUCCUUACAGCGGUAUGAAAUAUCCGAUGCGGCCUCAUCACCAACAGCACCUCUCGGGAAGCCGAAUACCCUCCCAUCAUUCGCCUCCAGAGCUGUCUGCCGCAGCUCAAAGAUACUCGCCGAUGGAGACUUUAUCCCCUGGCUCACCAUAUGGUACACCGCAACAAGGCCAAUAUGGCUCACGUCAGUCUCCAACGAGACCGGGAAAUUAUACAUCGCCCAAUUCAUACUAUGCCAAUCGCCCUCAAAAUCAGCAAUUGCCUCCUAUCACCCCAUAUUCUUCGAACCAUGAAGGUUUCCCUAGCUCUGCAACAGCACAGUUAAACGCCGUGUUCGGCAAUGACCCGAAGUCCCCUCGUCGGCCGGUCCCGCAAUCAACAGGUCCUCCAGGCAGAGGUCCGGUUCCAGAAUUUACGAAGAUAAGAUCUAUGACAGAUUUACAUCCAAAGGUCAAUGCCCAGCCAGCAUUUCGAAGAGCGAACCCUGAAGGCGGCUUUAUCAGUCCGCUGCAAGCUCUCACGAGCCACUUACCUUCGACGUAUCGCAUUUGCAAUCCUAGCUUCCAAUACGAGUCCUCUCGAAACCCUCGCCGAGUCCUCACAAAGCCGAGCAAGGGUGUGAAGAAUGAUGGAUUUGACAAUGAGGAUAGUGACUAUAUACUUUAUGUUAAUGACAUUCUCGGGUCUGAGGAGACUGGUCAUAAGAAUCGGUAUCUCAUCCUCGAUGUUCUUGGACAAGGAACUUUUGGUCAAGUGGUGAAGUGUCAGAACUUGAAGACGCAGGAAGUUGUUGCGGUGAAGGUCGUCAAGAAUCGGACGGCAUACUUCAACCAGAGCAUGAUGGAAGUUUCAGUUCUUGAUCUGCUAAAUACGAAGCUGGACAAGAAUGACGACCACCACCUCCUGCGACUGAAAGAUACAUUCAUCCACCGACAACAUCUUUGCUUAGUGUUCGAACUGCUGAGCGUCAAUCUCUACGAAUUGAUCAAACAGAAUCAAUUCCGAGGGCUCAGCACAACUCUUGUCAGAGUCUUUGCUCAACAACUGCUGAAUGGACUUAGCUUGCUGAACAAGGCUCGCCUUAUCCAUUGCGACCUAAAGCCAGAGAACAUUUUGCUCAAGAACCUCGAAAGCCCGAUCAUCAAGAUCAUCGAUUUUGGUUCUGCAUGCGAUGAAAGGCAGACUGUGUACACAUAUAUCCAGUCCAGAUUUUACCGGUCACCGGAGGUCCUACUUGGCCUUCCAUACUCCUCAGCUAUCGAUAUGUGGUCAUUGGGUUGCAUUGUAGUGGAACUUUUCCUAGGACUUCCUCUCUUCCCUGGUUCGUCAGAAUACAAUCAGGUCUCGCGAAUAGUUGAAAUGCUCGGCAACCCCCCAAAUUGGAUGUUGGAGAUGGGAAAACAAGCUGGAGAAUUCUUCGAGAAAAGGCAUGAUGUGGACGACUAUGGCAGGCGGACGUAUCAUUUAAAGAGCAUGGAACAAUACUCGCGGGAGCAUGGUACGAAAGAGCAGCCCAGCAAGAAAUACUUCCAAGCGACGACGCUUCCGGAGAUAAUUCGAUCAUACGCUAUGCCAAGAAAGAAUAUGAAGCAGAGCGAAAUCGAUCGUGAAAUGAACAACCGGGUAGCCUUUAUCGACUUCGUACGUGGACUGCUCAAUAUCAACCCGCUGGAGCGAUGGUCGCCCCAGCAAGCGAAAUUGCACCCUUUCAUCACCCAACAGAAGUUCACCGGAGCCUUUGUACCUCCGAUGAACCUCAAAACCAGCUCCGUCAACCGAUCUCCCGCCCCAGGCACGCAGCAACAGCAGCAAGCUGAGGCAUUGAGCAAGCAACGAGCACAAGCGGCCCAAGCUCAAGUUGCCCAGGCUCAAGCGCAUACUGCUGCUCAAGUGCAAGCAGCACAGAUGCCAUAUUCUCCUGGUGUGCCAACGGGUCAGUAUCCACCGACUCAAACGCAGGCACCUCCAUUGUACAACAACAACAACAUGUAUGCACCGACUUCGAACCACCAAGGUGCGCCCCCGCCAUAUCCUUCCCAACAACCCGGCCCAUACAAUCAAAUGGGAAUGAUGGGGCAACCUCCAACGCAAAUGCCACCUGCACAGUAUGGACCUGGACCUCCCCAACCUCAGCAAAGUCUCUACGCCCAAGCCACAAUGCGGUCUGGACGACAACGAGCUUCUACAAUGGAAGUGCAACAGGGUGGAAUUCCCGUAACCAUUCAAAGAGUAGCCAGUCACCUCGAUCCCAACCAACCGAUCCGCCUUCAGCCAAGUCCGGCAUACUAUCCCCCACCUCCCGAUGGAGUAGGUGAUCCCGCAAGCUCGAGAAGGAGAGGCAGCAGAGCACAACCUGGAGGACAAGCCGGGCAGCGGAGUAACCGAGACUUCAUCCGCAACCUAGAGGACCGAACUUUGGAGGAGGGAUUCAUGGGACAGAGCCAAUGGCAUUGA